CGCUGGGCGGGCCCCACCAGGUCUCCAUGGCGACCGGACGCGGGCGGAUCCUGAGGCAGCACUGGCUUGGCCUCCAGGCGCAGCGCGGGCCCCUCCAGGGUGGCGGCUGGCCGCGGGGCAGCGCGGGGCCUGCCGCGUGGUGUGCCGGGGCCACCGGGUUCAGAAAGGGGCCUGGUGUCAAAUCCUCUGCAGGCCACACUGCUGUGAAGCAAUAUGCCAGACGUGGCCAGCACAGUGAGAAAUCUUCUAACUGUUCUAUAUCUCUGGAUAGAAUGCCUUCUGAGAUCUUGCUGAAGAUAUUUUCCUACUUGGAUGCUGUGAACCUGCUGUGUGCUGGAUGUGUGAGCAGACGCUUCUAUCAUUUGGCUAGUGACAAUUUUAUUUGGCUCAGAAUCUAUUCAACUGUGUUUUCACCUAAAAGAUCCAAUUGGAAAGUGAACUCAGUGGAGGAGACAACUGUGUCUGUGAGUGGACUGUCAGUUGAGGAUAAAGAAGCUGGCUAUUGGAAGAAGGAAUAUAUUGCAAAACAGAUCACAUCUGUGAAGACAGCACUGGCCCAGGUUCUCCAACCUGUCAGCCCCUACACAGGACUUCCUGUGAAAACCAAAGAGGCCCUUAGGAUAUCAGGUUUAGGUUGGGCAAUUGUAUUGAGAGAAAAAAGUGGAAAAGAAUAUAUCAUGCAGCAUGUUGAUCUUUCUUUAAAUGAUACAUCAGUUACUGUUGUGUGGUAUGGCAAAAACUGGCCAUGUUUAGCAACAUUAACAACCUUGGAUUUGUGUGGUGUGACGCCAGUUUUUAUGGACCGGCAUAAACCUCCUGCCAAAAAUGGACCUCGAUGGCAUUCUUUAAUUGCAAAGUAUGACUUGAGUCACUUAACGGAAUCUACCAUGAUCGGUUGCGACAGACUUGUUCAGAUCUUUUGCCUACACCCUGGUCUCCUGGUGGGGCUAUGGAAGAAGGAGGAAGAACUGGCUUUUAUCAUGGCAAAUCUUCAUUUUCAUCACCUUGUGGAGAGGAGCACAUUAGGCUCAGCCUCUGUGCCCUAUGAGCUGCCUCUUCACAGUCCCUUUUUGGAUGACAGUCCAGAGUACGGGUUGCAUGGCUACCAACUCCAUGUUGACAUGCACGGCGGUGGAGUUUUCUACCUGUGUGGUACAUUUCGCAAUCUCUUCACCAAGAAAGGAUGCAUCGAAGAUGGAUAUGUGAAGCUGGUUGUGAUAAAUUUUAAAAAUAUCAGAGAACACCUACCUCUUAUUGGAAAAGUUGGCCUUGCUUGGAGAACUAAUAUUUUUGAUGGCUUUAUAAAGAGUUGUUCUAUAGUGGACAUAACACUAUUGGAUGAACACAGGAAGCCCUUUUGGUGCUUGAGUUCUCCAGUUUGCAUGAGAUCUGCUGCCUGCCCCUCAGAUGGUCCCAAUUUCUUGGGACAGACAUACUAUGUGGACUACAUGGAUACAGAAGGAAGAGUGCAUGCGGAGCUGGUGUGGAUUGAAGAGACUGAAGAAUACUUCAUUGUCAGCCUGGUUCUUUACCUCAGUGUGGCAAAAAUAAACCAUUGGUUUGGGACAGAAUAUUAAGAAUUGACAGUAGGUGACAAAGUGUGGUGUGCUGUUUAUUUUUGACUAACAAAUUUGUUCCUGGUAUUAGAAGUUAAAAUAAAGCAUAUUGUAGUAA